CUAAACGGCGGCCCUAUCCAAACAAUUAGAAGGGCCAGAAGCCUUAAUCUUUGGAUUUGACCCGCUAGAGGAUCCGGGUACCUAAGACUGUAGCACUGCGUAUCCCAUGCAGGCUGCCACACAUCCUUUCCCAGAGAAGAUGAAAAACAGGGAAAGCACCGGAGGACAAGUAACAAAGCGAAAACCUACAUUUGAAGAUGUUCUAAUCAAACAGCAACCCUAGGAGAGGCAAGCAACUAAGAAGGAUCCAUGCAGCAAGAAGGAACACAAAGUGAUGGGGGUGAGCAGGAUUUGAGCCAAGGGGAACGGAUGGACGGCGGGCAGAGCUCUUUUGCUUACUUGGCCCAUUUAAAGACCAAAAUGGGUUCUCACUCGUUGAUCCAUUUGUUAACUAUGCCCUAAUUUUGAACAAAGGCCAUUUAAGGCCCGAAAAUGGCACUCCAUUCUCUUCUCAUAUGUCUUCUUCCUUGAUUCCCAGAAUCAAUCACCAGAAUAGCAUAACAAAACCCCCCCUGAAAGUAGAAAACAAGCACCUGAAGCUAGAAAACAAGCACCUGAAGCGCACAACCAGAAAAUAAUGGACAACAAACCCAGAAAACGCGGCCGAAAACCCAAGAAAACGCAGGCUCCAGAAACCAUGGACUUCCAAUUCACCACCAACACACCCCAAGACGACAACGUUUCUCUCCCUUCCACUGCCACCACCACCACUGCUGUUACAGAAACCCCUAGCACUAGCGCUAGUCCUACUCCCUCUGGUCGUGGCCGCGGAAGACCUAGGAAAAUUGGAAAACACGCUUAAAAAUCGGAACCCAAGUCCCCAGAACGGAGGCUGACGCGCCAUGGGGAGCAGAACGGUGAAUUCCAUGCUCCGGCUGGUGAGAUUAGGCAUAAUAAUAUGGUGGGGGUGGUUGCAGCGGCGGAGUGGGAGAGUGUGGUGAAAGUGGUUCCGGCAAUGGAUGCCGUGGUGAAGGUGUUCUGUGUUCACACUGAGCCAAAUUUUUCAUUGCCAUGGCAGCGAAAAAGGCAGUAUAGUUCGAGUAGCAGUGGAUUUAUUAUUAGGGGAAGGAGAUUGUUGACAAAUGCGCACUCCGUAGAGCAUCACACUCAGGUUAAGGUGAAAAAACGAGGGUCUGAUACCAAGUAUCUGGCUACUGUGUUGGCUAUUGGCACCGAGUGCGAUAUUGCAUUAUUGACAAUUAAUGAUGAUGAGUUUUGGGAGGGAGUUGCUCCUAUUGAAUUUGGAGAUUUGCCUGCCCUUCAAGAUGCUGUUACUGUUGUGGGUUACCCAAUUGGGGGCGACACAAUCUCUGUGACUAGUGGUGUUGUCUCACGCAUAGAGAUUCUAUCUUAUGCCCAUGGAUCAACUGAGCUUUUGGGGUUGCAGAUAGAUGCGGCCAUAAACUCUGGCAAUUCUGGGGGGCCUGCCUUUAAUGACAAGGGCAAAUGUGUUGGAAUUGCAUUUCAAUCUCUGAAACACGAAGAUGUGGAGAAUAUUGGCUACGUUAUACCCACACCAGUUAUAGUACAUUUUAUUUGUGACCAUGAGAAGAAUGGGGCCUAUACAGGCUUCCCAGUUCUCGGAUUUGAGUGGCAGAAGAUGGAAAAUCCUGAUUUGCGUAUGUCAAUGGGGAUGGAACCUGAUAUGAAGGGUGUCCGCAUAAGAAGAAUUGAACCAACAGCUCCAGAAUCCCAUGUUUUGCAGCCAUCUGAUGUCAUCUUAAGUUUUGAUGGGGUUAAAAUUGCUAAUGAUGGAACAAUUCCAUUCAGGCAUGGAGAGCGAAUUAGUUUUAGUUACCUUGUUUCUCAAAAGUACACUGGCGACGAAGCUGUGGUAAAAGUUCUCCGUAAUUCAGAGAUACUUGAAUUCAAAAUAAAACUUGCAACACACAAACGGUUGAUCCUAGCACAUAUCAAGGGCAAACCUCCUUCUUAUUACAUUAUCGCUGGAUUUGUUUUUUCUGCAGUUUCUGUUCCUUAUCUGUGUUCGGAGUAUGGAAAGGACUAUGAAUUUGAUGCUCCAGUCAAACUAUUGGAUAAGCAUUUGCAUGCAAUGGCACAAUCUAUAGAUGAACAGGUUGUUGUUGUUUCACAGGUUCUUGUGGCUGACAUUAAUAUUGGAUAUGAAGAAAUUGUCAACACUCAGGUUCUUGCUUUCAACGGCCAGCCUGUGAAGAAUCUGAAGAACUUGGCUGACAUGGUGGAGAGUUGUGAUGAUGAAUUUUUAAAGUUUGACCUAGAAUACCAGCAGGUAGUGGUCCUACACACCAAAAAUGCCACGGCGGCAACUUUAGAUGUCCUUGCAACACAUUGUAUACCUUCUGCUAUGUCAGAUGAUCUUAGGACUUGAGAAAAGAUAUCAGUGAAAGGCACAGAACUUGCUGCCAUCUUGGGUGCCCAAUAGUCCAAUUUUGCAACACAACAGUUCCGUUUACCUUUGUUGGAGGUCCGGUAAUUUCCUGCUUACAUGUUCCUGCUGGGGUUGCACUGCUUUCUUACAUUCAGAUGUCUGUAUGGUGGUUGAGUUGUGUAGUUUAUUUGUAUUUGUAUCCACAUAUUUAUUUCGUAUUAAGUGGAAGAAAGGAGGGAGCAUUAUGACUGGUCUCCCCACGUCUAGGAGAUUUUUGUUUUUGGUUUCUCCUGAUAGCAUUUUGUUAGAUAUAAGGUUAUAUAUGAUUUUAUGGCCCAUUUUGCCAGAAAAUUAUAUAGAUGCUCACUAUUCCAUCAUGAAUUUUGUGUUUUUCAUCAUUACUUUUAUUUUAUUUUGUAUACUUUCAUGUAAGACAUGGUAGCUGAAUAUUAUAGUUCUGCUGAAUGCAAUUAUUCAUUUAGUCCCAAAA